ACUUCCGGAGGCGGAGGGGCGCCGCGCAUGCGCGGUGACCGGUCCUUCCCAACCAGGCGGCCUACGAAGAAACACCGACAGCAUGAAACCCAUCCUGUUACAAGGUCAUGAAAGGUCAAUCACACAGAUUAAAUACAACAGAGAAGGUGAUUUGGUGUUCUCCUGUGCAAAAGAUACUGUUGUUAAUGUCUGGUAUUCUCUGAAUGGUGAGAGACUUGGCACUUACAAUGGACACACUGGAGCAGUAUGGUGUGUAGAUGUUGACUGGGACACAAAACAAGUGUUAACUGGUUCUGCAGAUAACUCAUGCAGACUUUGGGACUGUGAAACAGGGAAGCAACUUGCUUUGUUUAAAACGAGCUCUGCAGUCAGAACGGGCGGAUUUGACUUCAGUGGCAACAUCAUCAUGUUUACAACUGAUAAGCAGAUGGGCUACCAUUGUUACGUCAGCUUCUUUGACAUACGAGACCCUGCUCAGAUAACUAACAAUGAACCAUACAUGAAGGUUCCAGCCAGUGAGUCAAAGAUAACUAGUGCUGUUUGGGGACCCCUUGGAGAAUUUGUCAUUGCAGGACAUGAGAAUGGUGAAUUGGUGCAGUAUAGUGCUAAGUCAGGGGAAAUAAUGACAAAAGUGAAAGAACACACCAAGCAAAUUAACGACAUCCAAACAUCCUUAGACCUGACCAUGUUUAUCACUGCUUCAAAGGAUAGUACUGCUAAGCUGUUUGAUUCUGCAAGUUUCGAACACUUGAAAACAUUCAGGACUGAAAGGCCUGUGAAUUCAGCUGCUAUUUCACCUAUUGUGGAACAUGUUGUCCUUGGUGGUGGUCAGGAAGCAAUGGAUGUCACAACGACCUCUACCAGAAUUGGCAAGUUUGAGGCCCGAUUUUUCCAUUUGUCAUUUGAAGAGGAAUUUGGUCGAGUAAAGGGUCAUUUUGGACCAAUCAACAGCGUAGCUUUCCACCCUGAUGGAAAAAGUUACAGUAGUGGAGGUGAAGAUGGUUACGUGAGAAUACAUCAUUUUGACCCACAGUAUUUUGAAUUUGAGAUGGAAUUUUAAGGAGUUGAAGAGAGAUCAUUUUCAAAUUGUUUUGCAAGAUUUAUUUUGUUAAAAUAAAUGAAUACAAAAAAAAUUAACAUCAUUUACUUGCUCUGUAUUUCAUUGAUUCAGUUAUUCUAAUUGGACUUUACAUAACAAACAUACAGUUUAACUACAAAAAGAUGCAAACAAAAAAUAAUUUGCCCUAUUUAAAUUGCUCUCAUUUUGUAGAUGCAUAAUCUGGACCAAUUUGCAAAGGUGACCAAAAAAAUUGGUUUCAAGGAAAUUGAAAGAAUGUGUAAUUCUUUUACCUUAAAUUAUAUUCAGAAUUAGCACAUUGGAAUAAAGGACUGUUUCACCAAUGUUCUGAAAUAAAAAUCAGCCAUUUGAGCACA